UUUUGUUUUUAAAUAUUGUGAACUCGAAGUUUGUUGAUAUUUGUGUUUUGAUAGUUAAAAGUUUGUGUCAGUGUAUUGUUUGUGAAAGACCAUAACAUUGUUUGAUGACGGCGGGACUAUUGACGAAUAGGGCCCAUGGGGCUGAUCGCGUGACCGACUAAUGGUUUGACGCACGCGAUCAUAAUGGAGAGACGAGACGAAAUACACCAUCAUGGCUGCAGUAUCGCUAAGCAGACCAUCCUCACUACCCAUCCAAGUGGUCUCCAAACCAGAGUAUCAGUAGAACUUGCGAACUUCGAUGCGCUCUGUCUCCAUUCAGAAUGCAAGACAAAAAAACCAAUGUGGGAAAGCCCGUUUAUGGGAAGACGCGGUCUUUUAGGUGGGGUUUCCGCAAAUGUCACUCCGGUUCUUGGGAGGAGAAGUGAUGUGGUGAACGAAGGGAGAUUGUCUCAGCAAUGUACUCCUGUUAUGAGACGUAGGGAACUGGAGAGUCCUGGUGGUUCACCGUUACCGACCAGACGGGAGAUCGAUGAAGAAGAAGGUUAUGAUGUUGAUAAUAGCGUUAUCAGCGGCUGGCUAAAGUUUCGAGACAACAAGCGGUGGAAAUCUCGCUGGGGCGUCGUCACCAAGUUAUCACCCGCUGCAGAUUGCCUCCACCUGCAACUCUAUCGUGAUCCCAAAGACCGAUACAAAAAAGGUCAAACGAAAGCAUCUCUUUCCCUUCAACAUUUUCUAGGGUUUGAAUCUGGAUUCACGUUAGACAAAGAGUCCAAUACAAUCGCCAUAAUAUGUCAAGAUGUAACCGUUGUUCUAGCCUUUGAAACAAGAGAAAGACUAAUUUCAUGGCAGGUCAAAGUUGGAGGUCAACUGGGGUCGUCGAAAGAAUUCUUGAUUAUGAUUGGGGGUGGAGGCUCUCGAAAACUUCCCGCGGGACCUGCGAGACUCCAUCUCCAAGGUAGAAGAUUCGCUUUGACGAGUGGAGUUCCACCUCGAGUACUUGGAUUAUGGGAACUUGCUCAUUUGAGGCGCUAUGGUGUAGUGGAGGGUCGGUUUUGCUUUGAGGGUGGAUCUCAUUGUGGCAAGGGGGAGGGACUCCAUAUGCUGAUUACCGACCAAGCCCAGGAUAUAACGGAUGCAUUUGAUCAAGCAGCACAAGGAAAUCUUCAACAAAGAACUCCUGCGUCGAGGGGUAGCGGAACAGAACGCAGAUUCAAAUCUCGACCAAAUACCCGCUUAUCUGAUUUUAACACUGGUGAUCAAUCAGUAAUAGAUAAUGCAAGCGCUUUGUAUGAGGAAAAUUAUUUCGGAGAAGAUUGCGGAGAUAUAUCACCUUAUUGGCCAUCAGCAGAGAAACGAGGUUAUGAUGAAAACGAAUACAGACCAGAUACCGAAAUUGGUGUGAAGCCGCUAUGGAACGACGCAGACCACAUCACACUAGAGCGUUGUAAUAACUGCCUGACUAAACUUGGCGUUGUUUCUCGAUCUUCAACUGUAGCUCUGAAUGCAGGAAGCCAAUUUAAUCCCGCUUGGACAAUGGAAGCCGUUCCUGAAAGUUGCUCCGACAAUUCAUCUAAUAGCACAGAAUAUUUAACGCCAAAAAAUAUAAGGAAAGAUACAUGUCACUGUAAAGAAAAACCACCACUUAGGCCACCAAAACCAGCACAUUUUGAUCAAAAGAAACCACCAGCACCAUUACCGCCACAAGGAUGUAGCUGUGCUAUGAAUGAUAACUUCUCCUCUAGUAAUAAUCCAAAAGUAGGUCCUUAUGAAAACUAUGAUGUUCCCAAAACAUCGUAUGCUGAGGUUGACAAGGAAAAAUAUUAUGACACACCAAAGAGAAUUAAAGCCGCCCUGGCUGAUGAUCUUUUCCAAGUGACAAAUACUUCAACACCUGGGUCAUUAGUAUUGAAGAAAAAGUGCGGAUGUAUAUUAAAAUUUGGUUCGAAAAAGAAGCCAGUUAUUGUAGAAUGCGACGAAAAUUUGCAACCAGUUGAUUGUCCGUGUCAAAAAGUAACAAAUUGGGCAAAUAAUUUAAUAAGUCUGCCGUAUUGUAAGAGAAACACGAGCAAUGAAAAAAUUAACACAGAAAUUCUCAAUAGUAGCAAAUUAGAUGAUAUGGCACUAUAUGCGACAGUGGAUGUUUCGAGAAAGACCAACAGACAAAGUACUGGUGAUCAAGAUAAAACCCAAGACAGUGCAACUGAAAUAGUGUUCACAAAUUAUCAAAACUUAGAACCAAAUGAAUGUAAAGAUUUUGAGGGCCCAUACGCUAAUUAUGAAAAUUUGGAAUUUGCUUUAUCAUUAGAAUACUAUGAAAAUGCAAAAGAUUUGUUAAAGAAAGCUGGUGUAACUCAAAAUGAAUUAGAUGCUCUUAGUGCUAAUAUAGAUCUCGCUACCACUACUUUACCCAAAAAAACCCGAUCCUGCCUAAAAUGUGGCCAGUGCAAGUCAACUACUUUACAUGAUAUGAAAAAUAAAUCUGAUGAGUAUUUACUUAUGGAACCAUCAAAAGAUGUUAAAAGUUGUUUAGUUAAUCGCCCAAUUGGAAACAAUCCGGGUUAUACUCCAAUGUCUCCAAAUCCAAACUGGUCUCAAAGCUUAAAACAUCCCAUUGCGAAAGUACAUCGAACAGAAAUUGAAAAAUCAUUGAGUAUACCUACAUUACAUGGCAGUGGAAAUUGUAUUCAAAGCUUCGAUAUAUCAUCAAAUAGUAGCAAGGAAGCGAUACAAAAAAGAUCAAGUUCUGUAGACUCCUCAAGACUUCUUGAAGACUUAAAAGAAUUUGACAGCAGUAUAGGGAGUCAUGCAACAUCGUCAUCAAUGGAAACUUUAAGAAAUUUGGCUCUAGAGAAUAGACUGUCAUCACCUUGUGAUAAUGAUCGAGAAUAUUAUGACUGUUGUAAAUCUUCUGGAUCUGAAAACAAGACAUCAGAAGAAAGUUCAAUGAAAGAUAUUCUACACCUACGAAAUAAACACAUAGAUAAUGCAGCCAUAAAGAGAUCAUCUAGUGUACCUUGCAAAGGUGGAAAUAGAGACUCGUCCAGCUCUAAUGAUUCUGGUGUAUCGAGCUGUUCAUUGAAACAAGGCGGGGGAGAGUUCCAAGAGUUUGAGAUGCCUUUGACAUCUGGUCACUCUAGAUAUCAUUAUAUGGUACAUAAAAGAUUGCGAGGAAAUUUAUCAGGCUCCAUACAUUCGUCUUUGCCACGGAAGUCAAAAUCAUCAGAUCUUUUGAGAGACCAACCCAUGCAAAUACACAAUAACCAUAAUGUUCAUACGAAAUCAUCCUCUGCAGAAGCUGAAGUACCGGUCUUACCACCGAAACAGUUCAAAGGUGUUUUGGAUACACACAGUACUUCCAGUGGAACUUCAGAUAUGUCGGAUUAUAUAGAAACUCUAUCCUUAACAUCUUCACAUUCAUCUUCGGACACACCCAUGGGAGGAAGGUUAAAUCGUCAACCGACGAGCACCCUUCGACCUCGCUCGGGCAAAGAGUAUCACAACCUGGAUCCCAUCAUCACGUCUAUGUACAAGAACGGAAAAGACUUGGCGAACUAUACAAAUCUGCCCUAAGAAUAUUAAUAUAGUAUAAUGUAAUUUAUUUAAAAAAUAUAUUUUUAUUUAACCAUGAGAGAUAAUUGGCAAUUUAACAAAAUAAUAACUAAAAUUAUUGCUAUAACAGCAAUUUAAUGAAAUACCAAUGAAUACCUUAUUUCACGGACACUAUUGCUAACACUCCCACCUCUGGUAGGAUAUUAAAGUUAGAAAGAGAUGCAAUGACAUAUAACGCGUGACGCUACGAUCGAUGGUAAUAAUUAUAAAACGAUAAAUUAUAUACUUUAUAAAAAUAAAUUAAGAUCAAAAGGUUGUCGAUUAAGCAUAUAUUUACUAGAUUUCUCGUUUGGUGAUGUUCGUUAAAUAUUUCAAGAAGACGAUUAUUCAUUUACCUCAUGAAAUACAAUAAGACGGAACCAUUGACUUAAUUUUAUGAAAUAAGACUGACAGUGCAUUUAUCGCAAUCGUACGUUUGUUUUUAAUCUAGUCAGAAACUUUUAUAGCAGUUUUUAUUUAGUUUUUUUUUAAAGAGUGUAUUUGUACUAUAAAUUAUACUAUUAUAAUGUAAAGUUGUAAAAAGAUUUUGGGUAAUAUAAACAACGAUUACUAAACCGUUAAAGGAAGUAUGUGUAAGCGUUUUGUACGAUGUUUUAAACUCGAUAUUUACCGGCCUUGUAAUAUAGAAUAAUCCUCCUAAGAUUUACGGGCAAGACUUGUAAAAUGUGAGCUCUAAACAGAAAAUAAUAAUCUCAUCAUAUUAAAAAUAAUGUCCUAAGUUACCUUUUAAAAGCGAAGUGCCAAAAUGAAUCUAAAUGUCAUUGACGGAAGAUUGUAUUUCAAAGA